UGACCCACUUGGGCCCAAUCCAAGGGGUCCCCAACUACCACCAUUAACCCGCCGAGUCGCCUGGAUUUCUUAGUCCAACCGUUGAAAAUCGGAAAGCCAGAAAUGGCAAGGCUAUCCAAUCUCUAUCUCUUGGCUUACAACUCUCUUCAGGCUGCUGCAUGGGCAGUUUGUCUCUCUCUAAGCUUGAGCAGUGCCGUCAAUGGCGCCUACGCUUCUGCUGGACACCUUAUCUAUUUGCUCCAAAUGGUUCAGUUCUUGGAAGUUAUACACGGAGCCAUUGGUCUGGUGCCGAGUGGAGUUGUGUUUCCUCUGAUGCAAUGGGCAGGAAGGGCGCAUUUUCUGUACGUUGUGCGCCAAACCCAUGAGGUCCAGGAGUCGCCAUCAGUCUUCAUAACUUUUGUUGCUUGGAGCCUAAGUGAGGUUAUUAGGUAUCCACAUUAUGCUUUUAAUUGCACAGGGAGCUGUCCAUCUUGGAUUACCUAUCUCAGGUACACUGCAUUCAUUGUCUUGUAUCCUCCAGGGAUGGCUGGUGAAACCUGGCUUAUGUACCAAGCACUUCCUUUUAUAAAGAAGAAGAGCCUCUCCCCAGAUUUCCCCGCUGGCCUCUCCUUCAGCUAUUAUAACUUUCUGAGGGUCCCUGGCUAUGGAUGUUUGGACCAGAUAGAACCGGUACCAAGGACAGGAUGCCAACUAGCAGGCCAUUAUAUGCUCAACGACACAAUCUCAGUUACCUUUUUCCACUUACAAGUGAUGCUUGAAGUCUAUUUGACGCUUGAAGCAGACUCGGAAGCCCGUAUUUUACUCUUACAAGUGAUGCACGCAUUUGUCCAAAAUGGAGGAAGUUUGAAUGAAAGUCCGAUUUUGAUAUGCUAAGGAAUGUAACUACAAGGGUAUUAUUAAGAGUUUUUCCACCACACGAGAUAUAUGGCAUACAUCACAGCGAUGAGCAGGACUUUCUGCAUAUAACAUUGUAUCAUGGAAUGUUGCAAUAACAGUGUACUCGAAUCAUAAGAGUAGCUCCCCACUGCCUAGAGCAUAUGCUGCCGGCACAUCCAUCUUUGUUGUCCAAAGAGGCCGGCAUGUAUUCUAGGGCCUAUGUGCCUCAGUUGUGGUUAGCCAUUUCGUUGCAUGUUUUGGCAUGAUAUAGCAACCAGAUUAUCUCUUAAUUUAAUAAUUAGCUGACUUAUUUAUACUUAA